CGGAUAUUAGAACAAAUAAGCCUACAAACGAUAAAAGUUACAGCCUCCAGUUUCCUUCUUCUGAUGUAGAAUUUCCACCCAAGGAGUUUCGACAAGACAAAAGCAAAAUUGCUCAGAGAGUAGGGCAAACCUUACUGCCUUCCCUGCUGACUGACUUUGUGUGGAGUCUCCUGAUGAAACUCUCUUCACCUGAUGAUAAAAUCGCAUCUGAUGCAGCAUCCAUACUGAAGUUUACUCUGGAAUUUCAUGCCGAGAAGGUCACCAGGGUGUCUAAGAUUGUGGAUACUAUUUAUAGGCAAUUGUGUGAUAACAAUUGUAUGAAGGAUGUUAUGUUGCGGGUUAUCACUUUGUUAUCACGUACUUCACCCAAGAAGGUCAUCUUUCAACUUAUGGACUACUCAGUUCCAGCAGGCGACACUCUGAUACAGAUGUGGCAGGCGGCGGGUUCUGAGGCAAGCGUGGCCCCUCAUGUGCUGAAGACAAUCUUAUUGAUACUGAAAGGAAAACCUGGGGAAAUGGAGGACACCCUAACGAAAGAAAAACGUCUCUCUCCUGAUGUUACCGACUUAAUGCCUUUGGCGGCAUCCCAGGCCCUGUACACCUUUCUGCCUCUUGGUUCCUACAGGAAAGCGGUGGCCCAGUUUUUCCCCCAGCUCUUGAUGACCCUUAUGUUCCAAGUCUUCUACAGCAAUGAGCUGAAACUGACACCAAGGAACAAUGCUUUAUAUGCUCAGGAUGCCCUGAGUCUCCGAUUGUCUGGACUGCACAGGUUGGGAAUAUUACUCUAAACGAGGGAAUUCUGGGACCCAUUAUCUGAAGAGCUGUUCUACUAUUAUGGUUUACUUUAUUGUAAAACUCUCAGUGAAUAUAACUUUCCACAGUUUCCGGAGACUCUGCGUUAUCUCUAUAAGCUCUCAGUAGAAGGUCCUAGAAGGUCAGAAGACCAUGUCAUCGUAGUAAUAUUCCUCACCGAACUUCUGAAUAACUACUUCAGGGACCCUUUCCCAGAAGAAUUUUUGGUCCUCUUCACAAACUGGAUCAAUGAUUCCAAUCCUAUAGUUAGCAAAGUGAUCCUUCAGAGAAUUGCCCAUAUGUCACCAGUUGUCAAUAAGAUAGAAAAUGUCAGCAGUAUAUUAAUAGCCAUCCUGGAUGCCUUCCUUUCCAAAGACGAUACUGUUGUACUUCGGGCCUUGAUCACCCUUAGAAGGCUUUUAGACAAACUGGACACAAUGACUUAUUCUUUGGGUACCAGAAUUGGUUCCAGCUACUGUCCUCUGAUGGAUCAUAUUAAUGGAGGCAUACGAAGUAUGGCAAUUCGACACUUUGGUGAAUUAGUUAGGGAUAUGAGACAGUAUACAUGGAUGCUGAAUGAUGUGAUUCUAGAAGGCUUGGUGCCUCUAAUCCUGUUUUUGGAGGAUGACGAGGAAAGAGUAGCUAAAGCAUGUAAAUAUACAUUAAAAAUCUGUACCUCACAAUUAAAGUGGUCAACAUCACGUUUGCUCGAAGAUGAAAAUUACAGUUUUGAGAUGGUGGUGCUCAAUAUCUGUAACAAUCUUAUUAUUUCUCAUAGGAACUACAUUACAGAUUUGAUAUCUGAUACCUUAGGAUUCCUGUGGAGCUCCAGAACAUAUCUUAAGAGGGCAUCGGUUAUUUUGAUAG